GAAUGCAACUUUGUGGUAAACAACACUUUGAAAAGUCCUGGAUUUCCAAAAAAUUACCCAAGUAAUGUGGACUGUACCGUUACUUUACCUAUACCAAACGAAAUGACGAUGAAAAUUACAUUCGUCUAUUUUGACGUUGAGUUCAGUCAGCCAACUUGCAGGUGAGCAUAAAUACACAAACAAACAUAGACCACUCUAAAAACUGUCUGCAUCAUUCUCUCAGUUUGCACAGUAUGUUAUAGAGCAUUUUCUCGUUUAAUCACUGCUUCUAAAAUAUUGUUGUUUCAGGUAUGAUUACUUGAAGAUCAAUAGUAGCAGUGGAAAUGAAGUUCGUACUUACUGUGGUCAGAAGACUGGAACUACAGUUCUUGUGGCUGGAGAAUACGUUGAAAUAGUGUUCCACUCCGACCAGAGCAAAGAAAAGAGUGGAUUCCUUUUACAUUUUGCUGUCUUUUCAAAUGGUAAGUACAACCAUAAUGUGCCACCAGGAGAGGAAGAUGACCCUUUCUUGCUGCUAGCUAAUAGAGUCGCUCAAAAAAUAAUUGAGGUAACCAUGUGAUGAUUAUAGUGAAUAUUUUCCUAAGAUUAGUUUAUGGUUCAUACUGAAAGGUCCACCGAGAAUAACAUCACUCGAUCCUGCAGAACCUAUAAUUCCAGGCGACCAAGUCUUGUGCUCCACCGCGGGAUCCCACAUCAUAUAUACAGCGAUAGUAAAGAUGGAUCCAUUUACAGUGCUUGUGAACACCACAGACCAGGCCAGUGUCAAAGUAUACCAUCGAGGUAACUACAGCUGCGUGGCAACGAGCAAGUAUGGUAUUGACAGAAAAGACUUCCCUGUGAUAGGUGAGGAAACUGAUGUCAAUUUGAAGCAUGCAAUAUCUUUUAUAUCACAAAUAAAUUAACAAAACUAUGUUUAACCUGUGUAUGAUAACUAAACACGAAACGGAUCUUAGCAGGUGAACUGCAAUUGGAGAAAUAAAAGAAAUAGGGCCUGAAACAAUCAAAGCUUCUUUGAAGUUCAAACUCGGGUUUCUCAGAGACUGGUGAAAUUGCACUACUUGAUGAAUUACGUAGCCACAUGCUGGUAGCGGAGAGAAUUAUCAUAUUCGGAAGAAAAAUGCAAUACUUUUUUUAUUUUUAAAACGAUUUUAAAAAAUUAACGCUUUAUGGAAAGUGUAAAUAAUUUGCAGUCAUAGCUGUAUUUCCAAUAGGAAUUUUCUUUAUUAUUAUUGUUAGAGUAAAAUAUAUUAAUAAAUAAAAUGCUUUCUCUAAAAGAUUGUGGCCCAGUGAUAAACGGAACGUUAACAAGUCCUGGAUAUCUUGGUGGCCACCCAAGGGCUAUGCAUUGUGGAUCCUCUGUUACUAUACCGCGAGGCAUGCAGAUGCAAAUCUACUUCAUUGAUUUUGAUCUGGAGGAUAGUGAUGAUUGCAAGUAAGUAACUAUUUCAAUCAUUUACAACAUACAAUCCUAGGAUGAAUCAUUACAAUACCAACUGACCAAAAGGAUGUUUGACAUGAGGUCAUUUGGGAUAUGAAUUCUGACUUUACAAUUGAUUCAGAAAACAACUUUUCGCCUGGCUAUCACCAGUACUCCCCAGAGUUGGCAUGCAUUUCCCAUUUCCCCAUUUAAGGCUUAAGGUUAGACUGAAAAAGGAGAAGCAUGCCGCUAAGACUGCAGUUUGUCAAUAAUUGAUUUUUGUGUAUGCAGUCAGGAAAUACGAGUGCGGCUUGCACUUAUUUUUAUUUGCAAUAUUAUGAACCAUGCAUCUCACGAAAAACAAAAAACAUAUGUUAGCAUUCUCUUGCAGUCGAGACUAUUUGAAUAUUACCAACGAGAAGAACCAGGGAUUUGGUGUGUAUUGUGGUCAAGGCUCUGGAAAUGAAAUAAAUGUAACUGGAACUAGCGUGUUCAUCACUUUUCACACUGAGAACGCAACUCAAAGCAGAGGGUUUAAGUUGCAUUUCAAAAGUUAUGUUGCGGGUAAGUUUAGAGAUGCAACAGUUUCAUUCUCUAUGGCUAAGCAAAGCAAGGCAUCCUUAAGUGUCAAAUUUAAUUAGCAACGAUAAUUUUCCUUUUUCGGAGCUUUCGCUUGCAACUAUCUUGAAUAUCAAACUUAAAGAGAAAACAAAACAAACGAAAGUAAACAAUCGUUAAAGGAAAAUCUAUCCUUCGGACGAGAAAACUUUUAAAUUAAUGCCUUAGGCUGAGAUUUAAUCCAUUGUUCUACCCAUCUAAUUUUUGAUUACAGGGUUUCGCUGCAUUGGGUUUUUUAUGUUCUAAUGGUUAAAGUCUUUGUUUAUAGGCGAAAACGUCAGAAAUCAUCCUAUAAUUUUGAUGUCACUCAUGUUGGCAAUAAGCACUUAAAGCGGAGUCCAUUAAUCAGAUGUUCACUGAUAGAUCUCACUUUGUGGUUAAUUAUUGCAAUCAAGUUGAUUCAAAAAUCUGAUUUUCUCUUAAAAAUCGAGACUAUAAACUUCUUCACAGUCAAAGUCUGAGAAGUUUAGAUGUGGGCGUGGAAUCGAAUUAAUGCUUACUGUUAAGUUUUAUAAUAAAGUUCGGAUAUAACGCGCACUGUCAUUGGUUGAAAGAGCGUGCUCUAUGAGAGUAUAGAGCAUAGAGCUGAGCUACAGCUGUCACGCCAUCUGCCAAUUGUACUGUGUUCGAGCUUUUCCAGGACUUCUUUUUAGCUUUUUUCCGAUAAUUGAAAGUGAAAUUUCGGAACUGAAGCGAGCCGGCAAGUAGCAACAGAAGAAUCAAACAAAAGUUUGUAAACAUACUAGGCGCCGUAAUUUACUUUAUUAAAACGUGAGCAGAUACGAAAAUCCUCAAAGGAAAAACAAAAUAAACAUUCCGAGUUUUAAAGAUUUUCACGCUCAGUUAAAUUGCAAGCUUACGUACGGUAAUAAAAAUCAAACACAGCUAACAUUCGAAAAGUAUAUAAAGUUCAGUGUUCAAAAACAAAACAGAACAAAACAAAUAUAACCAAACUGGCAUAAUUGUUAAAAUUCAUACUAAUCAUGACGGUGUCUGAGCGAAUAUGAUCAUACUAAGUUCAUCGCAGCUCGCUCGUCAUGGCGAUCUCCGAUCAUCACAGUAAAGCAAGCCUCAGAAACUACAUCGGCCACCCUUCGAGUGAAAAAAUAAGAGCUUGCUCUGAUAUCCUUUCCGAUACGUUGAGUGGAAAGUCAUAUCAGUCACUGCAGCCGAGUUUUGCGGCGCUGUCAUCAAGAGCGAUCUUCAUGUUCCGGUGAAUUCGGCUGUCGUUCAUUCAAAAAACACACGCCUUGAACAGUUUGUUUUCGACCUUGUCAUGUAAAAAAACUCGCGUGUUUUUAUGAGCCAUAAUUCGGCUGAAGUUCACUGAGCAUUUCACUACAAGAUUCUGUAUUAGAGACUUAAAAACUUCAGGCAAAAGUGUUAAAUUCGACUUGCCAAACUAUUUUAGUUUGUAAACUAUCGUAGAAUGUGAACUUUGAUGGUUUUUGAACUUUGGUGGUUUGACAAUUUUGACAGCUUUAGUCUUGUACAGCCAAUCCGAUUAUUUGAACCAUUCUAACAAGGAUUCUUAUUGGCUUAUUGUAGCGGCUUUAUGAGAGUAUAGAGCAUGCUGACGACAUUGUUGUUCGCUUUGGAAAUAAAGUUUGUUUUGAAAAUUGAAAGUAACGGAUUCUUUAUUAUAAAACAAAUAGAGAAGCCAAAUAGAGAGCCCUACACUUCUUUCGUGCUCUAACCGCUUCCUGCGUGCUUUAUAACAGAACAGAGCACAGUCAAGGCUUCUCCAUUUGUUAAUUCUUGCAGUGUUCAACUGAAGAGCGAAUUGUUGAUACGAAAAGAGUAUUAAUGUGAUUAAUGCCAGAUGCAAUGAUUAUCUAUCUCACUGAUUGCUUCAACAGAUUGUGGCUCUUUUGUAUAUAACACACUGGUGAGCCCUGGUUAUCCAAACGACUACCCAAGCAACAUGAACUGUACUUAUUCGCUUCCCAUACCAAAAAACAAGGCAUUGCACAUUACUUUUGUUUAUUUUGACUUGGAAUUCGUGAACUCCCCUUCGUUAUGUGCGUAAGUAGGGCUUGAAUUUCAACCAAAUUCCUUAUGCAUCUUCAUUAUAUGUCGGUAUUAGAAUUAUAUUGAAAUUUCAUUUUCCUUCCUUGCGACUUGCUCGGGGAGUAUUUAUUGCUAUCUGAUUUCUGAUGUUAUUAACCCCAACGGAAUAUUGAGUCAGCUUUCUCAGCUGCACACAAAGAUAAGCUGUUACUAAGGACAAACAUGUCACGGCACCAUGAGAUGAGAGUUGACGUUAUAUAGGUUGAAGGAAAAAAGGUCAUCAUCCGUUUGCUGCAAACGGUUCAAUUCAAAACACAAGUUUUGUUGAAACUUUCACACUAAGGGCCUAGACGAAAUGUACAUCACAGCCCGUAUGCAAACUUGUAUUGCAUCAUAUUCUGUUCGGUAGAUUUAUCACAGUUCCCAAUUUUAUCGUUUUUUAGAAGCGACUUUGUGACGAUCAAAAAUGACAUAGGGAUGGUGGCUGGCAUUUAUUGUGGCCAGCAAAACGGCAAGAAAAUUAUUAUUGCUGGAGAAUUUGUGCAAAUAGUAUUCCACUCAAAUGAGAAUCAUCAACGACAAGGAUUUCGUUUGCGCUUCUCCUUUGCUCAAAAUGGUAAGUUUACUCAUAUGUACAUAAAUAUAUCUAAAACAUAAAGGGAACUAGAUAAAAUACAUUUAUGAUGUAUAUUGAUUAGGACUUAUCUUUGAAAGUCUCGUUUAAUACCAGAAGAACUCGAUAAAGAUGAGUAAAGUUCAGAGCAAUAAACGGGUGGAAAGUAACAAUGAUUCGAAGCAACCUCAGACAGUCCGGACAACAUCAGACAGGGAUCAUGCAUCCCUAGCCUGAUCCCUGUUGCAGUAGGUGUGGUAGUCCUCCAACGUAUGUUUUGGUAGAAGGAUGAAGAUUUGAUGGCUGCAACUUUAAGUGCAGUAGAACUGUGAUAGACUUAAAGGAAAAGUAGAUAAAAUUAUCCUUUCAUGUGAGCUGUAAUUAAAGAAAUUGAAAAAAAAUCCUCAAAAAAUUAUGCCUUCGAUUCACAAAUGCUAACUGGGCGUCUCUACUUACCGAGGUAUGAACACUUUUUAGUGGAUUAAAGGAAAGUAAAGGAAUCUGAUCACAAUUAUACGAAAUAAACCAUAGUUGGACCUGCCUAUGAUGUACAAGUAAAGAGUUUACCCUCCUAAGUGCGUCAAUAGUAACACAAUCAAAACACUUGAUCGAACAAAGCUCUGUUUUAUCUUUCUUCGGUGUAACAGGAUGUGGUGUGGUCAAUAAUAAUACACUGACCAGUCCUGGAUAUCCUGACAACUACCCGAGCGAUACAGACUGUCUGUCAUUUAUUCCUAUUCCGCAAAACACGCAAAUGAAAAUUUAUUUUGCUAAGUUUGACCUUGAGGACAGCAACCAUUGCAGGUAAAUAUUCGUAUCAUGUCUCGCAUUAGAGUAAAACUAAUGUAGCUAAACAGCUGUUCAAGAUCAUUUUCAUGAAUGAAUAAUGAAUAAAAUCAUCAAUAUUUUUGCUCUCCAAUACAUCAAAGUUAAAACUUAUUUAUUUAAAAUGCGUGUAUAAUUUAGCUUAUUGUAUAAUUCUUUGUAGCUGGGACUAUUUGAGGAUCCGUAACGAGAUGAACCACUACUUUGGUGUUUACUGUGGGGAGAAGACUGGAGAGGAGGUUCUUGUAACUGGACAAUACGCCUUCAUGGUUUUCCACUCCGACGCUUCACACGAAAAACGAGGAUUCAAAAUGCACUUUACACCUGUUCCAUUUGGUAAAUAUUCCAGUAAAAUAGCUGUUUCUAAACUCUAUUCUUUAUUUCACAGAGAAAGUUGUUUCUGUUGAUGGAAGAUGUCAGGGAACAAGGAAUCAUAAUUUCACAAGAGUACUAAUCAAAAUUAAGAGAAAACAUAAUUUGAUUGUUUUCAUUUUUUAGCAAUCAGUUUUAUUUAAAGCACAAGUUAUUUCUUAUCGUCUUCGUCGUUUCACGUGCAUGUAACAUUCCAUCAUAUCUUCUGUGUUGCAUCCAUGUAACAGUUUCAUUAUUUCUUUGUUAUUCAUUGGUUUCUUCUUUAUAGAAUGAACCUGUGUUACCUGAGAAGGAAAUAUCGUUUCUUGGAGUUAACAAUUUGAGCAAAUCAAAUUACGCUGUAGUAAUACAACUAAAAGCACGAGAAACUAACUAGUGAACUGUUGAACAGUCCGUGGUUAACAGCGCUGUCAGUCUUAUCUUUAGAAUAUCUCGUUGGCUUUCGUCGCUCGCACCAGGAAAUAGCUAACAAAUUGUUCACACAAUGCUCAUUUACUUUGCGUUAACAGAUUGUGGGUCGGUGAUAAAUAAUACGCUGAGAAGUCCUGGAUAUCCAAUCGGCUACCCAAGCAAUCUAGACUGCAAUUACUCCGUCCCUAUUCCUCCAAACGCGCAAAUGCAAAUCUUGAUUAAGGAUUUAUAUUUGGAAGAUCACGCAUCGUGCAGGUAAAAGUACUUGAUAGGAUACAAGUGUAUGAUAAACUAGUCCAACUUUCUAUCGUAAUGCUAUUCUGAAGAUGCAACUGUUGAUGUACGUAAAGACAGGAAGAGAACAGUUGGAGAAAAGGCUUAUACAGAAAGAAGCACAAAAUAGGACUGUGCCUGGAUUUGGAGUAGCUGCAAUCAUUAUCAUGCAAAUACAGAUUUGUGCAAUUUCUGUCUGAAUGCUGUUAUUUUUUUCAAACGUUUAUCACAACGUUUUCGACCCCUUUUUUUGGCUAAAUCUUUUUAACGAAUGAAUCAAAAGUUAUUGCAAUCUUCAUGGAAGAAAAUGAUGAUGAGGAAAAUAUAUUUAGAUUAAAAAUAAAGAUGAGGAAUUGGAGGGUUUGGAGGUACUUGGUGGAUAUGGAAUCUAAGUUCAAAGUAUAACCGUUUCAUGCUCAUUAUGGAAAAUGGGAAAUCUGUCGCAGCUCUGAGAUUUAAAUCCUAGACUUAUUAGUUUAUUGGCUGGACCUAACAUGAGGGUGUAAAUGGGGCGGUGGCUUUUACAGCUGGCAGUUAAAAUUUUGGCCAUUUUGCAGAUAGCAGUUCACCCAAAAUGACACAAAAUGACACAUUGUAGAAAGGAAUAUUAAAGUAAAUAUGUUUCGCAUAAUACCUUGGUUUUUUUCUAAUCGUCUCUGGCGGUAUUUGCCAUUUUUUCUAGGUUUUUCUCUUGUCCCUGCUUAUCGGUAACUAACAUGCAUUUUUAUUUAAAAAAAAAACAUGAUUUCCUUCUUUUGUAGUCAUGACUUUUUGCAGAUAAAGAGGAAAGUCAAUCAAAGGUCGGUGUUGCUUACUACAAUCUGUGGCCACAAGACCAAUUACCAGGUUCCGAUUUCUGGAGACUUUGUUCUGUUGAGGUUCCACACUGAUAACAAAAAUGAACAGAGAGGCUUUGAUAUAGAUUUUAUGUUUUUGCAAGACGGUAAGGAAACUGAGAAUUCGAAGACUGGCAGAGUACCGCAAAUUGUUAAUGAUAACCAGCUUAGACCACUAAUUCUACCUACCCUUUUUAACUCAUGAAUUGCGCGCAUGCGCAAGAGCGAGUUAUAGAUACGAUGUGGGGAAUGCCAUUCGCUCGCUCGAUUGGUCGAUUCCUGUAAACUUUUUUUAGAUUUUAGGCUUUUGAGUGCAUUUGAUAGUUUUUGGCGAGUAAUAAACAGACGAAAUGGCGACCUUUGUUGCUAAGAAUAGUGGUGGGGUGAAAAAGAAGCCAAUGAUAAUCUUAAAAGAGUUUUUUUUUUCGUUUUAGUUUCAACAAGCGGCGCCAGCGACUGGCAGGCAUGCAAGGAAUCACACUGAAAUAACAGAACAAUCUUCGUUUUUCAUAAAAUUGUAAUUUACUAUCCUUGAACUUGAAAACAAUCCGAAGAUUCAUUGAAAAUAUUACUUACUGCGAAGCGGUCGGAGUUUACAGAUGUUCAAAAGCUUUUUCUGUUAUGGCGUGAGAUUGAGGACAAAAUUGAUCAUUACGUUUCGUCGCGUGUGUUUUUCCUGUGUGAAGCAACAAAAGAUGUCGGCGACUGACGAAAUAACAAGUUAACACGAAAAUCAAAUAACACCUAAACAAACAAUUUUAGCUACCGAUUUUCAGUGAAUUUUUAAAGAACAAUUUUCUUUUAAGUUUCAAGACAAUUUGAAGAUUCAACAUACAUACAACGUACUAAAAUGCGAAAGUUACACACCACAAAAUUGAUAAAUAGGCCUGAAAUGAAAUUCUAUCUUGUUAUUGAUUAUACGUUGCCUAGCACGUGACUUAAAUCUUCCCAGGCGAAGAUCCAAAAUGAUGGUGGCAGGCUUGGCUUAGUUAUAUUACUCAAAACUCGUUCCCGUUUGUCUCAUUUGAUAAAGAGGGAAUCGUUGAUGUUUUCAUUAAGACAGUAUUGCCUUGUGUUUUCUAAUAUUUACAACGAAAGACAGUAAAUUUCACUUUUCACCCACAUUUACUUCCAACCUUUUCUUUUCAAUUCACGAGUUUGCUCACAGAGCACUUUGAUUUUUUUUAGCAGCAUUUUAUAUAUUAUUUAUUUUGUUGAUUCUUCAUAAUAAUGAGAAAAUAAAAUCGGUUUUACGUAGUUGUUUUAUUUCCACCAACUGUCCGCUUGUCAAUUAAUGAAAAACUGUCAUUUUUAACUCGUAAAUUGCGCGCAUGCGCAAGAGUGAGUUGCAGAUACGAUGUGGGGAAUGGUACUCGCUCGCUCGCUCGCUCGCUCGAUUGGUCGAUUCCUGUAAACUUUUUUUAGAUUUUAGGCUUUUGAGUGCAUUUGAUAGUUUUUGGCGAGCAAUAAACAAACGAAAUGGCGACCUUUGUUGCUAAGAAUAGUGGUGGGGUGACAAAGAAGCCAAUGAUAAUCUUAAAAUAAUUUUUUUUUUCGUUUAAGUUUCAACAAGCGGCGCCAGCGACUGGCAGGCAUGCAAGGAUUCACACUGAAAUAAGAGAAAACCUUCGUUUUUCAUAAAAUUGUAAUUUACAAUCCUUGAACUUGAAAACAAUCCGAAGAUUCAUUGAAAAUAUCACUUACCGCGAAGCGCUCGGAGUUUACAGAUGUUCAAAUGAUGUUGGCGUGAGAUUGAGGACAGAAUCGAUCAUUACGUUUCGUAUCGUGUGUUUUUCCUGUGAGAAACAACAGAAGAUGCCGGCGACUAACGAAAUUACAAGUUAACACGAAAAUCAAAUAACACCUAAACAAACAAUUUUAGCUACCGAUUUUCAGUGAAUUUUUAAAGAAAAAUUUUCUUUUAAGUUUCAAGACAAUUUGAAGAGUCAAAAUACAUAUUACGUACUAAAAUGCGAAAGUUAUACACCACAAAAUUGAUAAAUAGGCCUGAAAUGAAAUUCUAUCUUGUUAUUGAUUAUACGUUGCCUAGCACGUGACUAAAAUCUACCCAGGCGGAGAUCCAAAAUGACGGUGGCAGUCUUAGCUUAGUUAUAUCACUCAAAACUCGUUCCCGUUUGUCUCAUCGUUAAUGUUUUCAUUAAGAAAGUAUUGUCUUGAUUUUCUAAUAUUCACAAUGAUAGACAGUAAAUCUCACUUUUCACCCACAUUUACUUCCAACCUUUUCUUUUGAACCAGAAACAGAAAUGAUAUACGUUUAAAACAUAUGACAUCAUCCACCCUUGUCAAAUGCAAUAGCAUGAUCAUUUCAAUUGUAAUGCCUUCUUAUCCCGACGUUAUUUUGUUUCUUUGCUACAUUAGCGAACACUGAACUACUGCUCGUACUCCAGAUAUGACAAUCAACCACAAAAUUCCCUACACCAGAUAACAUUAAACAUAAUCCUAAAAAUCAUGUGUCAAUUCACGAGUUUGCUCACAGAGCACUUUGAUUAGUUUUCUGGCUAAGAAAUAAGGUUAACAUUCUGGCUAACAAUUCUGGCUAAGAAAUAAGGUUAACAUUCUUUCACACUUUCGGAAGGGGGCGGGCGUGGUCCCGGAUCCCCAUAGAAGCUUGCACCAGCGGCACUCGCCUUCCACGCUAAUGGCGUUGAAAGUUACUAAGGUGUAGAGCCCCUCCCUCCCCCCCCAACCCCCAACCCUUUCAGACUUUCCUGGAUCCGCCCCUGUCUGCAACCCAGCAUAAGCUAACUUCAGUCUCUGCCAUGUAAUGAAAGCCAGUUUUUGAUUGAUAACGUAAAUUUAUGUAUGUCCCAUUUUUAUUUGUAUAAUAGGUCUAAGACUGCAGAUCAUUUCAGUGACUCGAAGUCUAAACUCAAUUUGCAACACUUGACUAAUAUAUCCCACAAUGUUAAUACUAGGAGGCAUUCUGUAUCAUGUAUUUUUGCCAGCUUACUUCUUAUCUUUUUGCAGAAUGUGGUUCAGUAGUGAAAAAUAGACUGAAAAGCCCUGGAUAUCCCAAAUACUACCCAAAUAAUACAGACUGUGAUUAUCUGGUUUAUAUUCCACAAGAGAUGACGAUGAAUAUUACCUUCAUCGAUUUUAAAUUAGAGGAAAGUUCAGAAUGCAGGUAACUAUGACAAACAAGCAAAAUAGGCUAGAAGCUAAAUCACUGCCCUAAGAUGUCGCAAAUAAAAAUUUUACCGAUACAUAGCUAAAAAUUAAAAAGUCAAUAAUUCUAUUUGAGCUGUAAAAACUGACGCCGUCUUGUUACAAACCUAUCUAAUACGUUGAAAUAACUUUGGACUUUUUUCUAAACCUUAUCAUUGUGGCUUGGGGAUGAGAUGAGGGAAGGAGGAUGGGGGUACUCUUAACUCUUUAGUGUUAGUCAUUUUAACCAGAAGCGAAUAUAAAUGUCGUUGCACGAUAAAAAGACAACAACAAAAAAAAACUCAAAUUACAAUAUAAGUCGCUUUCGUGCGGAUAUACCUUUGUCAGUGAGAUACCACUGGCCUGGGAUAUUACAGAGAGAUCAUUGAUUUUAUAUAGAAAAUGUGUCAUGCCUUUGUGCCUAAACAACAAAAGGGUAAAAUUUUCAGCAAAAAAGCAAUUUUCGCUGUUGUGCACAUUUUUUAUUAAAUGUCUUUCCUAAAUUAAACAGCUUUGAUUACGUAAAGAUUAUUGAUGACGAAGGAACGGUUGUUGGAAAGUUCUGUGGCGGACAAACAGGCAAGAUAUUAUUGUUGACUGGAGAGUUCUUCUCGAUAACCUUCCACUCAGACUACAAUCGAGAAGAGAGAGGAUUCCAUAUAAUAUUUACUGCUGUUCCAUUUGGUACGUAGAGAAUCGUUAUUUACUAAUAAAGUAAAGUUUGCUCAACAUGAUUUUAUCUCAGUCAAUGGAUCACGUCGAGUGAUGGAUAUGAGGCCAGGUUACUGACGUAUUUACAAAGUGGCGGUGACCAAAUUCGAAUUUCAAGCCCAUUCCUAAACGGUCAGGCUACCGUUCGGAAUCCCCAAAUUGCAGUGAAUAGUGAAUUUGUAAAGAUACUACUUGAAAGCUGAGCUAAAAAAGAUAUACUCUCCAGAACUUAAAUUAGUCUUUUUCAGCAAAUUUGAAAACAUGCUAUAUUGAUAAAUGCUAUCAAGAUCCGAGAAAAUAGUUGAGUGUUCAUUGAAAAGGUCGCGAUCUAAUCUUGCUGCUUUUAAAAAUUUGAUGAGCUCGAGCUUCCUUUCGUACAUGUUCGUGUGAGAUUCUUAAGGGUUUUCAUAUGCCACUCAUUCAUUCACAUUUUUUACCGCUUCACCACGUAUCAGCACGGACGUUUCUUGUGAUGAGCGAUCGAUUAAACAUCGUAUUAGCUUACACUAUCAAGCUCGCUAAUUACAGUUACUAAUUCUGCUGCAUUCUAGUUCAACCAAGGAUAACGUCAUUAGAUCUUAAAGUACCCAUAACUCCAAGUAACCAGGUGUCGUGUUUAGCCAUUGGAACCCCGCCCAUUUACACAUCAAUAGUUCAUAAGCAGACUUCUGCAGUACUGAUAAACACCACAGACUCAGCCAUUAUCAGAUUAUAUGAGGAUGGCAAUUACAGCUGCAUGGCAACAAGCAAGUAUGGCACUGACACAGCUGAGUUCUUAGUGAAAGGUAAAUGAAAACAAUCUUUGAGACAAAAAAUUAUCUAUCUAUAGACCACAAUUAUGGAUUGAAGAAUUCAGUGUCACUUAAGAACAUGAAUUAAAGAAAACACAAGCCGUGCGAAUGAAAAACCUUUUCAAAGGUCUCUUUAACCCAAAUUUAAUUUAUUCCAGGGUUUGGCAUCUAUAUGUUCUCGGUAAAAUUUGAGUUGUCUCUGUGGUAAGAUUUAACGAACUACUUGCAAUUUUUCAGAUAGUCAAAAUUGUCUUGUCUUAGCCUUCCAAGGUAUUCCCUAAAAUGUUGCACUUCUUUUAUCGGAUCAGGUUGUGGACCAGUUGUAAAUGAUACGCUGAAAAGUCCUGGUUAUCCUGAAAAUUACCCAGCCAACAUGGACUGUACGUCAGCAGUUCCAAUCCCACAGGGCCAGGAGAUGGAAAUUUAUCUUAGCCAGUUUGAGCUUGAGGAUAGUCAGUCGUGCGCGUAAGUAGCGAUGUAAGGGUAGAGUGUUUCUAAAUACCAUACAUUUCAUUUCUUCUCAUCCUGGCCUUUAGCGCUCAUUUCUCUUAUGCCUUGCUUUUUUAUGCUUUGGUUAUGUUUUUGUCCGUGUUUUGUUGUUGUUGUUUGUUUUUUUUAUUCAUGUUCUAUAUCUGAAGAUGAGUUCCACAGGACAGAGGUCGUACUGUCGGAUUGAUUUCUGUAAAGACUCACUAUCUUGUGUACUUUCUGUUUCUGUAUCAUGAAACUAAAGCCAGUUUCCAAGAUAUGUGAACAUUUAAGAUGAUAUUGAAUGGACAAAGCACUCUUGAAAGUUUUAAAAACUUCAUUUCAAGUCCGAAUAUUAGAUUACGAAAGUCGGUUUGAAUCAAAUCGGUUCGCUUUGCGAAGCGCGCAAUAACUGGCAUUUGGUUCUUGUCAAAAGUUACUUGAAUGAGCAAAAACUCGACACUUCACCAUAGUUACAGCUUAAAGUGUUUAUGAUCUGUUUUUUUAGCCGGGACUUCCUAACUAUUACCAAUGAAGCGAACCGGGUAUUCGGUGUGUACUGCGGGCAAAAAAGUGGAGAGAAAGUUAUUGUAAAUGGAAGCUAUGCUUUGAUGAUAUUCCACACAGACAGUGAUAUCCAAAGACGAGGAUUUUGGAUUCACUUCUCAACUUUACAAAUUUUAAGUAAGUAA